UUCCCAGCCGGGAAAGUCACUUAAGAGGCCUCUCUCUGAGCUGCCUGGGCAGCCUGUGUUGGGCCGGAGACCACAACGCAGGCAUCUACUGCAUCCCCACCCCAAACCGCGCCCCCCACCAGAAGGAGGGGAGAGAACUGACACACAUGCUGAGAACUGACGGUGCACCAGCCAUUUGACCAUCAACAGCCCUGCGAUGAGGCCCGGCCAGGACACUGAGGCACAGAGCAGUGAAGUGACACGCCGAAGUCACUCAGCAGAGGGGCCUUAGAGCAACAGUGGCUGUGUCCCUUCUGCAUACGGCAUCCCAAGGCUCUGGCAGUGGAGGCGGCUGUGCCGUCACAGUGGGGUUUCCUUCCACCUACAAGGUGGUGUGUGAUGAGCCUUAAGUAAGGCGGUGUGCAAAGUGCCCAACACCUAGGAGGAGCCUGUCAGCCCCCAGCUUAGUCCCUGGAGAGAGAGAGGAAAGACCCCCGGAGGCAGGGCCAGGGACCCCCUUUCUGUGUGUCACUGACCCCUUCUUAGUGUCCACUGAGGGCUCCCAGGAAGGAACAGCAGCGUUUGUCCUCUGGCUACAGAGAAUCAGCCUCCUGACGCAGGAUCGAGUGCUGGGGAAGCCCUCGUGCAGCGCCGGUCUCUCAAAGUCCAACCUGCCACUAGCACAGGCAGGCCCGGCAUCAGCAGUGCACGGGAAGCUGGAAUCUGACCCCUGGCGUUGGGCCUGGUCUCCAUGGCAGCCGUGGAUUUAUAACCGGGGCCUCCACCCAGCUUGGCGGAGGACUUUCGACUUGAAGCCGGGAGGAAGGGGAACAGGAAGGCGGUUCUGGGAGCAGCGAGCGCACGGGUGGCAGCCGGAGGCCCCGCGAUGGCCAAGUUUCUUUCCCAGGACCAAAUUAAUGAGUACAAGGAAUGCUUCUCCCUGUACGACAAGCAGCAGCGGGGGAAGAUUAAAGCCACUGACCUCCUGAUGGUGAUGAGGUGCCUGGGGGCCAGCCCGACGCCGGGGGAGGUGCAGCGGCACCUGCAGACUCACAGGAUAGACAGAAAUGGAGAGCUGGAUUUCUCUACUUUCCUGACCAUUAUGCACAUGCAAAUAAAACAAGAGGACCCAGAGAAGGAAAUUCUUUUGGCCAUGUUGAUGGCGGACAAGGAGAAGAAAGGCUACAUCAUGGCGUCUGAACUGCGGUCAAAACUCAUGAAACUGGGAGAGAAGCUCACCCACAAAGAAGUGGAUGAUCUUUUCAGGGAAGCAGAUAUUGAACCUAAUGGCAAAGUGAAGUAUGAUGAAUUUAUCCACAAGAUCACCAUUCCUGUGCAGGACUACUGAAUGAGGAGAAGGCAAGAGAGCGAGCCUCCCCUGGGCUGGAAAACUCAGACUGAUGAAUUUUUAAAAAGAAAAGUGUUCCUUUCACUUGCGGGAGAUGGCAAACACAGCAAGAUGACAUACCUGACCACAGCAGAGGGUAACUUAGCAAGGAAACGAAACUAUUUCAGCUACAGUAUUAGCAUGUCUUUAAUAAAAGAUUUUUACUGAUUUUAAUAACUAAC